GGGAAUGUUUUUCUCUCUGGACUGAUAUCCUGAUACACUGGGCCAAAGUCUUCCUAACACUGAUUUUGAAUAGUUCCUAAUGCAAAAUCGAAAAACAAGUACACUCAACAGCAAGGGCUGACCUUCAGGAGAUCACAAACGGUCUGCAGGAAAGCUACAUUUGUUUUUUUUAAAAGAAAAGAUAAACUGGUUGAAGGCAAAGAACAAAGACGAGAGGGGGAAACGAGGAGUGCCGAGAGGAAAUAAAAAGAAAGGAAGAAGGCGAUUGAUUAGAGGGUCUUCUGCUGUACCCCCGAGAUAAAACCUUUUACCAAUCUAGGAUCUACAUCAUUUUUUAAAUUUCCAGCAUUACGGCAUGACUGGAAAUGUGGAUCACUGCAUCCUGUGUGCUCGGCAAAAGGGUGCCUUACUGUACAGGUGAAGACCUUCAGCUCAUUAGGGCGAUUCAGCUGGAAGUAAACUUGACCACCAGCUGGGCCUAAUCUGGUCUGGUCCUUGUCUGGCAAUACUGGGUGUGAUGAAACUGUCCAGAACUGCGCUGGACGCGGACACAGCUGAUUACACCAUGACCCUUGAGCCCUCUUACGGGAUGUUGGAGUUUGAUAGUAUGAGUAUCCUUCCAGUGAAAGCCGAUCUCCUGAUGCCAGAACCCGCCUCACUGUUACCCGAGUCCAACAGCCAUGUGUUUCUGUGCUCUAUCUGUGCUGACCGUGCUACGGGGAAGCACUAUGGGGCUGCCAGCUGUGAUGGCUGUAAAGGCUUCUUUAGGAGGAGUGUCAGAAAGAAUCAUGUCUACACCUGCAGGUUCAGCAGGCAGUGCAUUGUGGAUAGAGACAAGAGAAACCAGUGUCGAUACUGCCGCCUCCGCAAGUGCUUCAGAGCUGGCAUGAGGAGGGAAGCAGUGCAGAAUGAGAGGGACAGGAUCAGCAGCCGCAGAGCAGGUGCAGAGGAAGAAGGGCUUCUGUCUCUCAGUGUCCUGGUGCAAGCUGAGGCUAAGGUCCAUCAGUCCUCAUGUCUGAACCCACUCCACAUCACGGACAUCAGCACUAAGAAGAUCGCCAGCGUUGCGGACGUGUGCCAGUCCAUGAAGCAGCAGCUUCUCCUGCUGGUGGAGUGGGCAAAACACAUCCCAGCCUUCUGCGGGCUCCCACUGGAUGACAGGGUGGCCCUGUUACGUGCCCAUUCCGCGGAGCACCUGAUCCUGGGGGUGGCUCGCCGGUCUCUUCCCUUUGAUAACAUCCUGCUUCUGGGAAAUGACUUCAUCAUAUCGGUAGGAGGCCCUGAGCCUGAGGUGUCCCGGCUGGCGGCCCGUAUCCUGGAGGAACUCAUCAGGCCCCUGAGAGAGCUGGAGGUUACAGAAGCCGAGUUCGCUUGCCUCAAAACCAUCAUCUUCUUUGACCCUGAAUGCCCAGGAAUAGAGACAAGCAACACAGUGAAGCAGAUGAGGUUCCAGGCUCAGAUCCUCUUAGAAGAAGCAGCAAGCGAACAGCGCGGACGGUUCGGUGAGCUGCUCCUCAUGCUGCCCCCUCUCCAGAGUGUGGCCUGGCAAAUGGUUGAGCAGCUACAGCUGGCCCGGCUUUUGGGAGACGCCCAUGUGGACACCCUACUGCAGGAGAUGCUGCUCGGAGAACAGACCGGGAGAGGAGGAGAAGGAGACAACACAGACAUCCUAGCAUUCUCCCAGCCUCUGGCCUCGCUGACUCCUGACAUAGCAGAAUCACAUGUCCUGUUGCCAGGCCACCUUUCUUCAGUCAUCCUUCCUGUGCCCACCACCGCCUCAGGAAUGCCUUUUCUACCCAUGGUGACGGACAGUGAGAUGUACAAGCCCGGUGAAAAAGCCCAGAGUCUUGCAACACUGCCUAAGCACACCUGCCUCUAAAAACACUGACAGAAGCAGUCCAAUACCAUCAGUGUAAAAAAACAGAACUCAUGCACAAAGACAAAGGACUGUAAUAAUCUCCAUAAUUAUGUCAAAACUGAAUCAAUACUUUUUAUGAUCUUUGAUUGUCCCUGCAACUUUCUUGCAUUUGCUUCUUAAAAGAGAAUAUUAAAAGAAUAUGACAACAUA